AUGGCUGCGGUCUCUGCGCCGCAAGCCCCGAGUUCCUUGACAUCACCCACGAGCUCACACGAGGGGACGUCUUCUUGGAAUUACUCUGUUCCUUCACAAUCCGAGGUAAAUAAAAAUUGCCAUGGUCUCGGCACUGGACCGGAAGUGGAAAGGGAAACGCACAUGCUAACCAUGAGACUUUCUGAUCAGAAUCGUCCACCAUCGAAAAUGAGCGAACGAGCAAACCCUCCGUCAUCCCAUACGAAUGGACAUGUGCUGGGCCAUAAGAGUUCGAGAUCCGACUUAUCGCAACGCCGAGGAGACUAUGCCAAUAACUCCCAGGGGCACCUUAUACCAUCUCGUGUAAAUGAGCUUUCAAGAAAAAACAGCAGUAUCAGUGAUGGAAGUGCGCCGGAUAGUUUACUGGAUUUGUAUGGCACAAACAAAAACGGAAUGGGCAACUCGGAUCUGGCCAGUGGGAAAUUUGGAUCAAAGGAACCUUAUGAUGAGAGCGAUCCAGAACAUUCAAGAUGGAUUCACCGAGAUAAACUUGCCAGGAUUGAGAGUCAGGAACUGCAGGCAGCUGGUAUCAUUCUUCCCAGAGCGCGGCGGGGCUCUACCAAGUCGAGGACAAGAGAGCAUAGCCGCGACCAAAGUAAUGGGCCCCGCCAGAGGAGGCGGAUAGAGGAGGAGCCUUUUCCGACCCAGGAACCGGAGGAACCAGAAAGUUGGGAUUUGCGGUUACCAGGGGAGGCGGAAGAAGAUCCUCGAUAUAUGGAUGGUAGCGGGGGUGUAAAGGGUGUCUCUAGAAUUCCCGUUCUGAAGGAUAGCCCAUUACCUAUACCGAUUGAACAUCUUGAGCGGGAUACGAUAUUACCGAGGAGACAGGGUGGCAGUGUAACUCCGGAGGAUGACCAAAUAUCGAUUCCCAAAUCUCGCGGACGCAGUCAAAGCAUCAAGAUGCUAGAAGAUACAUCAGCAACUCCCACGCCCCCGCCUCCUACAAAGCCGAAAUCUGGUGGCUCGCCUACCAAAAAGACACCCGCAUCGAAGUCGGGCACGAGAGUCGCCUCAGCACCACAAAAGAACAAACCAAAGCCUACACGUACUAGGGAUACAAAUUCUGGGGGACGACCAACCACGCGAUCCGGUGAUCUUGGGCAAUCGAAUAGUCUGACAAAACGUCCAGAAGGGGAUCCACCAUGGUUAGCUACCAUGUAUAAGCCAGAUCCUCGACUUCCACCAGAUCAGCAACUUCUGCCCACAGUCGCAAAACGAUUACAACAAGAACAAUGGGAGAAGGAAGGGAAGUUUGGCAACGCUUAUGAUACGCAAUUCCGGCCGCUAAACGACAAUGAAAUAAUUAUGCCAAAUACGCCAAUGUCACCUAAUAUGCCAAUCACGCCCGAUACAGCAGAGCUGGUUCCCGAACCAUCUCAUCUCACUGUAGAGAAGCCCGAGGAGAGAGUAUCAGCUGAGUGGCCUCUGAAAGCACCCAAGAGCCCCGCCUUGAGCACCGGAAGACCUGGUACAGCAACCAGAGUUGCGAGUUUCUCCACGAUGCCGAAGGUCAGCGGAACACCUCAGGGCGUGGGACCACUACCCAGCCCGAACCCACCAAUUCGAAUGCAGUUGCCUCCUGAGGACUCCAAGAAGAAUGGACUCUGUGGGUGUUGUGUAGUGAUGUAA